CGAAGGAAGAAGAUGGCCCCGACAAUGAUGUUGAGGCUUGUACUGGCGUGCCUCUUGGCUUGCUCUGUUUUGGCCACUGCGGUCCACGGCGCCCGCCUGCCCCACUCGGUCACUAUCACUUCCGACGACAGCGUGCUCGGUCGCACCACCGACGCCGCCCCCUACGGAGGAGACGGUGACAACGCCACCACCCAACACAACGCCCUGCUCAUCGACACCCUCCCCUUCUCCUGCCAGCAGCAAGGCUGUGGCCCGCGGGAACGGUUUCGGCAAGUCGGCGGACAGCUCCAACUGCUACCUGUACCAGGGCAUGUUCCUGUGCUGCACCGUUUCCCCACUGGGCUGACCACUACGCGUGGAGAGAGACGUUGCGCAGCCCCAGCCCCGAUACGUUCUGGCGCGAGACAUGGUGUGUUUUUGUGA